UGCGCAGCCGGCCCCAAGCCCAGGGUGACAAAUGAGGCUGCGCGCUGGCUCAGGGCCCCCGCUGACCUUCCAAGUCUCAGCCCAGACCCCGCACGAGGGGUUGUUCUCCAGGAAGCUCCAGCCUUGGUGGCACUGGGUCCCUGAGCUGCACCUCCCUCGGAACUCAAGAUGGUUCCACCUGGCUGACAGCUCCUGUCUCAGUCUAGCCAGACAAAAACGGGUUGGGACCCUCAUCCUGGGCCUCCGCUUGCAGCUGUGUACGAAGAUGGCAGGCUUAUGGGAGGAUGUCCACUCCCACUGACCCUGGCAUUGCCUGAGUCCCUCGCCUACCUGGGCUGGGCCAAGACCCAACUACAAUCAAGUGUCUGGGGUCCACUCGCUGCUGUGGUCUCUGCCUUUGUGCUCACCUCAAGGCUGAUGUGUGCAGAACAGACUGAAGGCAUCAGGGGCAGCAAGAGGAGACCAGGAGGCAGCUGUGACAUUGCACUCAAGAGAAAUGGUGGCAGUUUGGACUCAGUGAAAGGUAUCCUGCUGUCCAUCGGCCCGCAGCUAGUCUAUCCACCCAACCGCCCAUCAGACCUCCGGCCCACCCUCCCAGACGGAGGACAAUGCUCCGCCCUCUCUGGCCCCGCCCCCAGUCACCGCCUUUUCCGGAAGCUGCUGCGGCGAAUCCUGGCACCCUAGCAACAGCGCCUUUCAGGCUGUCCAGUCCGCGUGCGCAGCUCCUAGGACGAGCCAAUAGUGAGGGGCACCGGGAGCGAGGUGCAGGGGGCGGGGCUCGGCCUGGCCGCAGCCAUUUUGGUGCGAGAGAAACAAUAGGACGGAAACGCCGAGGAACCCGGCUGAGGCGGCAGCUUCCUAGGUGACAGACAGGUACACUGUAUGCUAGCCCUGUAUCUGUCUGAGCAGUGGAAUGUGCCAGGAAAGAAGGAGCAACCACUGACUGAUGAACCUUUGCCAGUCUCCCUUCCAAGAAGGAUGCCAGAGCCUUCUCAGAGCGUCCUGGCCAGAACAAGCCAAGGAGCCAAGACGAGAGGGACACACGGACAAACAACAGACAGAAGACGUACUGGCCGCUGGACUCCGCUGCCUCCCCCAUCUCCCCGCCAUCUGCGCCCGGAGGAUGAGCCCAGCCUUCAGGGCCAUGGAUGUGGAGCCCCGCGCCAAAGGCGUCCUUCUGGAGCCCUUUGUCCACCAGGUCGGGGGGCACUCAUGCGUGCUCCGCUUCAAUGAGACAACCCUGUGCAAGCCCCUGGUCCCAAGGGAACAUCAGUUCUACGAGACCCUCCCUGCUGAGAUGCGCAAAUUCACUCCCCAGUACAAAGGUGUGGUAUCUGUGCGCUUUGAAGAAGAUGAAGACAGGAACUUGUGUCUAAUAGCAUAUCCAUUGAAAGGGGAUCAUGGAAUUGUGGACAUUGUAGAUAAUUCAGACUGUGAACCAAAAAGUAAGCUCCUAAGGUGGACAACAAACAAAAAACAUCAUGUCUUAGAAACAGAAAAGACCCCUAAGGACUGGGUGCGUCAGCACCGUAAAGAGGAGAAAAUGAAGAGCCAUAAGUUAGAAGAAGAAUUUGAGUGGCUAAAGAAAUCUGAAGUCUUGUACUACACUGUAGAGAAGAAGGGGAAUAUAAGUUCCCAGCUUAAACACUAUAACCCUUGGAGCAUGAAAUGUCACCAGCAACAGUUACAGAGAAUGAAGGAGAAUGCAAAGCAUCGGAACCAGUACAAAUUUAUCUUACUGGAAAACCUGACUUCCCGCUACGAGGUGCCUUGUGUCCUUGACCUCAAGAUGGGCACACGACAACAUGGUGAUGAUGCUUCAGAGGAGAAGGCAGCCAACCAGAUCCGAAAAUGUCAGCAGAGCACAUCUGCAGUCAUUGGUGUGCGUGUGUGUGGCAUGCAGGUGUACCAAGCAGGCAGUGGGCAACUCAUGUUCAUGAACAAGUACCAUGGACGGAAGCUAUCGGUGCAGGGCUUCAAGGAGGCACUUUUCCAGUUCUUCCACAAUGGGCGGUACCUGCGCCGUGAACUCCUGGGCCCUGUGCUCAAGAAGCUGACUGAGCUCAAGGCAGUGUUGGAGCGACAGGAGUCCUACCGCUUCUACUCAAGCUCCCUGCUGGUCAUCUAUGAUGGCAAGGAGCGGCCCGAAGUGGUCCUGGACUCAGAUGCUGAGGAUUUGGAGGACCUGUCAGAGGAAUCAGCUGAUGAGUCUGCUGGUGCCUAUGCCUACAAACCCAUCGGCGCCAGCUCUGUAGAUGUGCGCAUGAUCGACUUUGCACACACCACCUGCAGGCUGUAUGGCGAGGACACCGUGGUGCAUGAGGGCCAGGAUGCUGGCUAUAUCUUCGGGCUCCAGAGCCUGAUAGACAUUGUCACAGAGAUAAGUGAGGAGAGUGGGGAGUGAGCUUGCUAGCUGCUCCAGUACUUGAGAGCGACUCUGUGUCCCAGGCACAGCUGUGCUGCGUCAGGGAGGAGGCCAGUAUGGCCAGGUGGUGGCUCCUGCAGCCUGGAGCUGAUGUGCAGUGGCCUCUGUGAGCCCCAGCCUGAGCCAGUCCCAGCUGUGCUUGGAGUCUUUAUUUAUUUUAACUAUUUCUUCAACAUUCCACAUUUGAUGAUGAUACCUCUUUCUUCCCUGAGUGUAUAUGUUCUAAUACAAAUCUUUUUGUUUAUUGUA